UCUCCCUCCAUUCGCUAGAAAGAGGGCACCCGACACUACGUUCGCGAGUAAGAAGGCAAGCCGAAGCCUCUCCUCCUUCGUCUUUGAUGAAACCCGGCCUUCCUAUCCUUCCAUUCGACUCUACCCGAAACUAUUGAGGAAGGAGUCGAAGUCUUCUCCUUUCUCUCUUGGUUCUCAAGGAAGAAGCACGGCGAAGCCUAGAUGCUCCUCCUCAUCUCUUUGGUUGGCGAGAACAACAAAGAAACUCAUACCACUCUUCAUGAAGGUGGAAUCCGGUUGGGGUCGGGAUGCCAAGUGAUCGUGAAGUAACCUUAGAGCGAGCAAGAGGGACGAUGUCAAACUCCGCGGUUUGAGAUUUUUUUUCAAAACUUCUCUUCAUUUUCCUUUAGGAGUGUUGAUAAAUUCCUUUAUGGUGGUGGCGGUUCCGAACAAUUGGUAUCCCUUUGUGGGGGGAUUAUUUAAUUAUGAUGCUAGUUCGGAGUUCAUUGAUAAAGAGAUACUCAAGUCCAUUGAUUUGGCAAAAGAUGGCCUCCAUGCAGUACUCAUGGUUUUCUCUACAAGUUGUAGAUUUACUUGGGAAGAUGUGGAUGUUAUCAAUCAUAUUAAAGAUCUCUUUGGUGAUAUGAUUUUUGACUACAUGAUCAUAGUUUAUACUGGCGGGGAUAAUCUUGAAGCUGUAAAGAAACCUUUUGAAGAGUACAUUAGAGAUCCUCCAGAGCCAUUGGAGAACCUUAUUCACUUAUGUAAAAAUAGAGUUGUUCUUUUUAAUAACGAAACCAAAGAUAAGGUUAAGAGACAGGAGCAAGUGAACCUUUUGAUCUCUCUUGUCAACUCCAUUGUUGCGAGCAAUGAUGGAAAACCAUUCUCAAUUCAAGGAAGCAACCUUUCGUCGACUUCAAAUGGAGAAGGAGAUCAAAGCUAAUAUGGAAUACUUGUCAAUGGAGUUAUCUAUUAAAUAAUUUGGGAUUAAAAUGGCCCAAAAAUUCCAAAGAUCAUUUGAUCUUGCACCAAACUUAUUAUAUAAGACUUUAUCUAGU